ACAAUUGUUGCAGUUUUACGGGACGAGUUUCGCGUGGAGCCACAAAACACGCGAGUGGCUGCGGGUGGAACGGCACUUCUAGAGUGCGGUUCACCUCGAGGAUAUCCAGAACCCACACUUCAAUGGAAGAAAAAUGGCCAUAUUAUAGACUUUGAAAGUAAUAAGAGAAUGUCGCUAGUUGAUGGUGGUAAUUUGAUGAUAAGCGAUGUCAAGCAAUCUGACCAAGGCAAAUAUCAGUGCGUCGCCACGAAUGUCGUAGGAAUCCGAGAGUCAGCUAUUGCAAUUCUUACAGUAAAUGUGAAACCAUAUUUUUUGAAAGCGCCAUCAAAUCAAACGAUCCUAAUGGAUCAGACAGCUGAAUUUUCCUGCCGAGUUGGAGGUGAUCCACCGCCUGAUAUACUGUGGCGUAGGCAUGAUGGUAAAAUGCCAAUUGGCCGUGGCCAUAUACUUGAUGACAAGAGCCUCAAAAUAGAGCGGGUUACAACUUCAGACCAGGGAACUUACAUUUGUGAGGCGGAGAAUGGCGUUGGAACAAUUUCUGCUAGCGCUACGCUCACCGUUUACUCGCGGCCUGUCUUUACCAACUUCCCUAAAGACGAAUCAGUAAGCCCUAACUCAGAAGUAACGUUUGCCUGCUCAGCGCGAGGUAUGCCACAGCCCUCAAUAUUUUGGACACGUGAAGGCUCGCAAGAGUUAAUGUUUCCUGGCCAUGUGUACCAGGAUCGCUAUACUGUUGCUGAUAAUGGUAGUUUACACAUCAAGCUGGUUACACUUAAAGAUGAAGGUCAUUACGUUUGCAGCGCCAUUAGUCAAGUUGGUGCUACCACAGCCACAGUCUUCCUUUCGGUUGCGUCGACUGAAGAAGUACCGCCACCAAUAAUUGAGCUGGGCCCAGCCAACCAGACUUUGCUGUUAAAAAGUAGUGCCUCACUACCCUGCCGGGCCGUAGGUACGCCAACACCCAAGAUUAACUGGCACAAAAAUGGUCAGCUUGUUCAUCUGGGUAGCCGAAUAACGAUGGCCAGUAAUGGCAGCCUUUUUAUUGAAGAUCUACAGAACGGUGACUCAGGAAUGUACACAUGUAUUGCCUCUUCUGAGUCUGGCAACACUUCCUGGUCAGCAGCCCUAAGUGUUAGUUCCUCGACGACUCUUCAUCGCACUCCUGAUAUAAGCGAGCGCCCGCAGAAUCCCAGUAAACCACGCAUUGUCAAUACAACCAGCAACUCAGUCACUAUCACUUGGAGUCCUGGUCAUGAAGGUGCUAGUAAGAUCAAUGGCUACCAUAUUGAGUACUUCAGUAGCAAUCUUAAUACUGGGUGGGUUAUCGCUGCCAGUGGCAUCACUGAAGAUACUUUUACGGUUACGAAUCUGAAGCCUGACACAAACUACGUGUUUUUGGUGCGAGCGGAAAACAGUCAUGGUAUGUCGUUGCCUGGGCCAAUAUCCGACAUUGCUCAUACGAUAAGCACUGAUCAACACGUGGUUCCUGAGACCGAGCUGAUUCGCGCUCGAGAUCGCUUGAAUAGCGACAUUUUGCAGCUGCGGGACGUCAUAUCUCUAAGCAGCACAAGUGUCAAAAUUGUCUGGGAUAUUCUCGGCGCUCCAGAUCUUGUUGACGGACUAUACAUUCGCUACCGCGAAAUGUCAGAUCAGCCGCCUGAAUAUCAAAUGGUUACUGUUAUGAACGCUGGAGCCACUAGCUACGUACUGACAGGCUUAAAAAAGUAUACGCGUUAUGAAUUUUUUCUGGUGCCAUUUUAUAAAACCAUCGAAGGAAGGCCAAGUAAUGUAAGACUCGCAAUGACGCUUGAAGACAUACCAUCGAGCCCACCACAGGACGUUCACGUUGGCAUGAUAAAUUCAACGUCAGCAUUCGUUAGAUGGUCCCCACCUCCAAAAAAUAACCACAAUGGACAGCUGGUUGGAUAUAAGAUACAGAUAAAAAGUAACAACAGCAACAAAAUACUGGGUCAGAUGUCUUUAAACACUUCAACAACAUCAGUGAUAAUAAACAGCUUGGUCAGUGGGGGCCUGUAUACAGCUCGAGUGGCCGGAUUGACCAGCAUCGGGCCAGGACCAUUCUCAAACCCUACUAUUUUGAAUAUGGAUCCUGGACAGAUGAGCCAACAACAACCACCACGGUUGGAUCCGAGCCAUAGAAGAUCGCUUUUUCGGGAAACCUGGUUCGUCGUGCUUCUGGUCUUAAUGCUGUUCAGCGUGUUUGCAGCUCUACUUGGAGCGUAUUACGUGAGGCGGCGCCAGUUCUUAAGUAAGCAACUCGGACAUUUAAGCGUGCCUGUCGGAACAGCAAAUGAUGUAUGCCAGUUGAACAAAGAUAGCCUGUGGCUUGAGAGAGGGUGGAGGCCCACUAAUACUCUACAGGCUGGUGGAAGUGGAAGUGGAAGUGGUGACGGUACUGACAAGGAAUGUGAGACAAAACUUCUCAACAACCACGUGCUAGGAGCUGGUAUCAUCGGUAUGUCUGGCUCUGAGUAUGCUGAAGUGAACUUGACAACUUUUUACAAUACACGUAAGCCUUCAGCACCACCCGAGCCGUACGCUACAACAACUCUCUGCGUGGCCAACCGAAGUCCUGAUUCGAUGGAGACGAGCGGCCAAAAAUCAAGCUCAAGCGACUCUUGUCUCAAACCUGACUACUCGAGUCUCGAAUCAGCGCAAGAGCAUAACAAGUCAACACUCUCACCAAGUAGUGACAACGCCAGCAGUGUCUACAACGACGAAAUUGCAGAUAAUGCACGCCGUCAACAGUCCCAGCAAACUCAGUUACCUAACUGGUGUGACAUGCUACCUCCACCUCCAGAGCAUCCACCACCCGUGGCUGCAGUUACAGGUUCGCUCUCAAGUCGCUUACAUCAACAACAGCAUCAACAACAAAACACAACCUUUAACCCACAUCUAGGCAAGCGCACUACUAGUAGCCAGAAUGGUUUGGACUGCAAUUUUCAAAGUCCACCGACGCCACCUCUACGGACUGAUGGAAAUAUUAAUGGCUUUAGUAGCUCUCCAACACCUUGGGGAUACUCCGAGACAAUUAGUCAGCAACAGCCACGCUACACCAGCCUACCACCUCAGACAAUCCCACCUCCAGUACCAUCGUUUCCUCAAAACUUUGGCCACUAUGAUGCCUAUCGUAUGCAAGAGAAUGAAUAUGAGAGUGGCUCACUAAUCUAUGGUCACCACCAAAAUGGACUUAACGGUCUUUAUCAGCCUGUCAAUGACGACUGGGAUCGUAAGUCUUGCGACUCUAACAGUCACUCUGACAUGUGCUGCUCUUGCUCUGAGUCAAGCUGCCUUUAUGCCGAAACGAUGGAUUAUACAUCAGCCCAAAAACAUCAACAACAGUUUAUUCACUCACCAGAGCAGCUCAACCCUACAGUCCACCAAUCGAGCAGCACAUGCUCGCGCACUAGUCGGAGCCCCCGUCGGCGGAAUCGCUCAAGCUCUCCAAGCUACAGUACCGACAGCAACUACUCGUGCAUGAUCCAACGAAAUGCCCCAAAGAUCAUCAAUUCACAGGAUAGACUGAGGCAUACCCGAGGAAAAGAUAAAAUUCCAAGCUUUACGAGGUCUGGCAUCCACCUGCAUCACAGCUCCUCCACCACAAACUCGCUAGGCAACUCCACUAGCCAACGAUACAACAAACUCGGUGGUCUCUUUAUAAACAGUGGAUCUGGCUGUAACCCUUCCGAGGCAAACCAGCUCAGCAAAAAUCAUGAUAGUUAAGCUGGUUAGUCAGCUGUCUAGUUACCAACUCACCCUCUUUUUAUUCUUUCUAAAAUCACACUGCAUGUUAUUGGGAUGUGACAUGUAGACAUUACUUAGUUACAAAUAUGUUAUCUGCAUGCCUGGCAUUACU